AUGAACAUAGUUGCCUUCAUUGAUGCAAGCGAUACUGACACAGCGUUGCCUGGCACAGCACAGCAUGAGUCGCGUCUCGGCAGCCACACAGUACCGAACCUCACAUGGGAAAGUAACCACAACCUUCUCUGUAACCUGAGAGUUGAUACUGAAAGACACAAGCGUAUAUACGGAACUGUGCUGUCUUGUGUGGUGGCGGCGCUGGGGGUGGUGAUGCACGACAUGAGGGCGAGCGUGUUGGUGUACGACAACAAUCUUGUGCUUCAGAUGGUGAGUCGAGUCUCAUCCGGGAACUACACGUGUGCCGCCACCAACACCCUCACCGCCACCUUUGAGGAAUUCAUCGAGCCAGCCCCCCCGCGAUCCCAGGAAGCCACCCUGGCAGGGCGCCGCUCCCCCGCCACCCUGCACGCCGCUUCAUCUCCCCUUCCUCCUCCUCUGCCCCGCUUCCCUUUCCUUCCCUCCUACCUACGCUCCUCUCAAUUAUAUAUUUCUAGUGACUCUUUUAAAAACAAGGAAGAGAAGCAUUUAUACAAGAUAUGGGUGAUUGUAUAAUUUGGAAGGAAAAAAAAGUAAUCUACAGGAAGAAAUUAUUGGAAAUUGAAGACUUCAACACUGGGCAUGCGCAGCGCAGGCAGGAAAGCUGUCCGUGUUGUUCGAGGCAGUUCUUGGCCGGUCACGACAAGAUGGUGUCUGCGCGCUCCCAGCUGUGGUUCUGUUGCCGGGUGUGUGCCCACGCCAGGCCA